AUGUGCAGAAAGAUUGCGGGCAUUGGCACACUUGGACUUGAAAAGCCUUCCAUACAAGUGCAGAAAACUCAAUUCGAAGAGCAAUUCUUUGUGAAGCAAAGAAUUUCGCAUUGCGAACGACUUCAAACCCCGAUCGUUUGUUUGGGUGUUCUUCUUCGACAGAAGGAUCAAUACAUGAGCAUCCAAAAUAUUCUGCCAUUGCCUCUGAUGCUGAAGAUCCCUGCUUGGAACACAGAAUUGGGCGACCUAUUAAGAUACGUGAGACGCCUUCGUACAUACGAGAUGGGGUAUUGGUGCGAAGGUUCCAGGGAAAUCCUUAGGAAAUCUCGAUACUACCGAAAGCACUUAGUAUACGACAUUCCUCCACUUCACACGCAGCGAAUCAUUCAUCCAUGUCCAGCGUUGGCCAAAAGGGAUCUGCCAUUAUAUUCGUUGGAAGCAUCCGAACAAAACACAGAGAGGACCAGCGCCGUGUUCGGAGUUUUUCACGAAUUGACGAAGAAGAAAAGAUUUCCGUCGAAACGAUGGCUCAAGUUUGCUCGAGCCGUGAAAAAAAGUGUCGCUGAAGAAAACCAUUUGUCGAAUAAGUGGCGAAGGUCAAGGAUUCGAGAAUGUAUAAACACCUUUGACCCGCCGAAGCGAAGGCACAAUGUGGCAGGCAGAGAGACAAUUCAAGCGAUGUAUUCAAAGACACAACAGAUGGGAAGGGCAGAAACUCCUUCGAGGGAAACAGAAGAACAAGAAGAGGAAGGGUCUCAAUCGUUUGAAAGCUUCUUACGUGCUAUUGUUUAUUCUGCUGAAGACAGUGAAGCAAUCAGAGCUGACGAUGGUCCUCUUAGCACUCUUCUUGAGCUCGGUGCACAACAUACUAAGGAGCAUGAACGAAACGCAAAAGGGUUGAGUCCCAACUUCAUCAACCGGAAAUCCCAUAAUUCGGUUGCUAGGGAGGGGGGACGGUUAUCCCCUCUCGGGGAGCUUCAGGAAGGAGCUGAAAGACGGCAUGAUGUGGGCACAAGGCAGGAGAGUGGUAAAUUGUUUUUGGAAGCUCCCGAAAAUCUAGUUUGCGCAUCAUCGAGUUUGCAACUCGCGGCUCAUUUCCUUCGCUGUAACGUCAGAGGUGUCGUAUAUCUUCCACCGCAGCUAUCAUUUCUCUCCGCUCUAGCAGUUAUUAUUAACUCGUUCCUCUCCGAACCAAUGUGCGAUCAUCGAGUCGCAGUAGUAUGCGAGCCAAACGCAGGCAUGGGAGAAACAGUGAAUUCAUACCUCGAUUUUACCUUCGACGGGAAAGUAUCUAUAGAUGUUGCAAGAAGAGCAGACUUUGCGACACACCCUCCACUUGCAUCUCUAACCAAAAAAACAGCACGUGUCGUCAUCCUUGACAGUUUCGAGUUUACAGUUUCACCGGGAUUUGCUCUUUUGGUUGUGUUUGCCCCAGAGGUGUCAUCCACCCUAUUUGAAGGUCCACAAAGCCUGAGCAGAUCUGGAACGAAAGUUUUGAGUGCAGCAUCCAUAUGGAAGAGCAUACCGUCGGUUCUCGUCUUGCCUUCUUAUUUUCAUGACACAGUGAUAUCGUACUCGCAGAAAGUGCCUCGUUUCGCCAAUUUGCUCGACCUGAAAGACACAUAUUUCAUCCUGGAAAAAGAUGACAUAGAACAUCUUCUCUUGCUCUCACGGCGAAGUUUUCUGUUUCUUGUUCCUCCGCGGGAUGUCCUUGAAUUCAUUGCCUUAUUGGAAACAGAGGCAUCAUCUUUCUUUCCAGCAUAUCAGAAAAUUGCUGCAGCGGAGCAGUGCAAUACAGGCGGCUGUAUCAGUUGUUUACAGGACGUCGAUAUCACUGUUUUAGAAAAACAUCUCCGAGAGGAAGUAUCACACCAAAGAACUGAGACUAGCGGAUAUACCCUGGAAAUUUUGUACAGUCUCCGACAAGCUCGUUCUUAUGCUCUUUACGAUGGAUACAACGCGGCGGUAGCGUACUUAAACCACUAUUCUCAGGCAGCGUCAUCCAAAACGUUAGCGGCUUUACAAAGUAUUCUUGCAGAUGUUCCUGCGCCGGGCCAAUCGAGCGACAAGAAUUCUUCUGAAACACACCCAGUGGCAACGGCUUUGGAAAAUAGCUUCUUGAGCAUGGAAGGGGAAAUGGAAAAUCAAGCAGCAUCGCUCCGCUCUAUUCAUAGACGAUCGAAAUUUCGAGUGCUCGUCAUUACCAACAGCAAAGAGUCUUACGAUGGCUUAAUCAAAAGCUUGAAAAACUCAAGAUAUAUCUUGAAAGCUGCGGACGGUGAAAUUGGGUUGUGCGAGCUUCGGCAUCUCUGGAACGGAGUUGAGAAUAAGAGAGGUGGUUACAGAAACGAGGAGUGUGAGGCAUCUACGAAAUUUUCGCAUGUAUACCAUGUCGUGAAUGACAGAAAAGGAAGAUCUCGUGAUCAUUUCCUUCCUCCACUCCUCAUGCAAUAUAUUCAUGCCGGUCGCACCAAGUUGAUUACUGUUGCCGUCGAUGAGACUCGUACACUCGAAAGUAUUCACGACCGUGACGUGACUCUAUAUCGCGAACUUAGUGCUGCCGUGCAAAAUAUUGAGACACGUGAAGCAUGCCGAACCCUCUCGUAUGUUACGACCAUCUCACUGCUUGACGUAUUGGCCUCGGUAAAUCGCCUUGCUUCUCCCUUCGAGAAAAUCAACGGGAUGAGGCCAGCCGAAGCCGUUUCUCUUCGAGACAGCACAGAAGGAGCUGGGACGAAUGUGAUACUGGCACCGCAUAGGGACCUUACAAGACAGGAACGAAUCAGACAGCAAUCGUUCAUCGAGACUGACGUGCACACGUCCGCUGCAGAGAUAUGCAUGUCAUCGAUUCCCAAUAUUCGACAGCUGCUUAAAGCAAAACUCAAUUCUGCUCGGUGCGAAACGAACAACGGUAUUUUGACUGUUGUUGUUAAGGUUGCGGUUGGCGAGAGGUGUACCCCUGGCACUACUUUCAUCCUUGCGGCCAUAGCCAGCGAUCCAGAUCUUCUCAAGCACACGAAAGUGACGACAAUUUUGGAGACGUAA